CAGCCGCAGUGCGGAGGUUGCGCUGGAGAGCGGGAGAAUGACGGCGAUUUGAAGAAAGGCCGUGGGUGGCGGUUGUUUGUCCCUCACCUGGGCCGAGGGCCUGACAGUGUCUGGCCCGCCCCCAGAAUAACUCCGGGAGGACGAGAGAAGGUGAAACCGCUCCCAAGCUGGACUGAACCAGAGCUGCAGCGGCCAUAAUGAGGCGAAAGAGACGGAGCGAUCUCGCCGAGCCUGAGGCCCCGCUCCGGGCCCCACCUCCGCCUCCGGCCCUCGGCCUGGCCGAAUGCUUAUGCCCGGUUUGCCAGGAGCUGCUGGCGGAGCCGGUGACGCCGCCAUGCGGACACUCGCUGUGCCUGGGCUGUUUUCAGCAGACGGUGGAGAUCAGUAACCUGAACUGCCCGCUGUGUCGCCGCCGCCUUUCCAACUGGGCGCGGACCAAGGCCCGUCUCGGCAGCUUGGUUAACAAGGAGCUGCAGGAGCAGAUCCGGCAGCAGUUUCCUCAGCUCCGGAGCGAGGAACCCAGCGACGGAGAAGUUGACAGAUUGCACUCACGACCUCAAUUAUCCAAACCUGGUGAGGUUCGACAGGAGUAUGAAGAGCAGAUCAGUAAGUUGAAGGCAGAACGCCAUGCUCGUGAAGAGGAAGAACUCCGAGCCAGUGAAAACUUAAUCCAGAAGAUAUUGGCAGAGGAGAAGGAGCAACUAAUUUAUAAAGAACAGCAGAGGAAGGAAGUGGAUGAACAAUUAAAAAGAGAUGAAAAACUAGCUAAAAUGCUGAGUGAGGAGGCGAAUUCAGUAUCCAAGACUUUUCCAGAAAACUUGAACAUUCGUCCAAGACGGACUGCCUCAAAAUCCAAUUGUUCAUCAGUCAGCAGGGGAAUCAAAUUGACUACACACAGUCCCAGCCAUACAGGAGAUAUACAGAAGUACUUAUCUCCCACCUCACGGAAGUAUCAAGUAGUUGAAACUCCUAGACAGCGAAGUGAUGCAUCUGCUACAAACAGCAAAUCUACUGAUGCAGAUGACAUUUCAAACAGUGAUUCAACUGAAGAUAUUUCUCCUUUUCAUUAUGAGGAGGAGCAAGAGCAAGUCUGCAUUCCAGCUCAGCCAGAGCUAGCCCAAUAUAUGGAAGGAACUCCCACUGCAACUAUCACAGAUUAUCAGCAAGGAGGCAAGGAAGCUGGUGAGCACAGCCCAGGAGACGAUGAAAAUGAGAUGGUGGGAGUUUGCAGUGGUUUAUGGAAGGGCAGAGAGAGGUGUAAGGAAGAUGUACCACUUACAGAAUUGAAGUUAAAUUCCAUCAAUAGUAAUGGUGAAGAUGAAGGUUUUUCAUCUCUGCCAAUUUUAGGUCAUAAACUUGAUUAUGCACACAAUAGUGCAAACAUUUGUGAUUUAGAUAAUAUAGACUGUGCAACAAAACACACAGAUGAGAACAUUGCAUUGAAACAAAAGCCAAGCCAAGAUCAAGGCACUAAACACCAGAUGUUGAACCAAACUCCCAUUCAAUUGAAAAUGGUUGUGAAAAGGAAAACAUGGAAUUCCCCUGAAGCAGAGGGAGAAACUUGCUCAACUGUUAAAAAGAGAAAAAUCUGUCCUAAUGAACCCUGUGAAAGCAUAGAACCUUCUUCUGGAAUCUUCCAUGAAGAGCAACACUCAGACUGGGAGAAAAAACAAUCUGAAAAGCUCAGGAUAGAAGAGCAGGACAGAUUGUUAGCAUUACGCAUUCAGAGGAAACUUGACAAGGAGAUGCUGACGGUUAACAGAAAGAGAGGAUCACCUGACGAAUAUUUGCUUCGGACUAACAAAUCACUUCCUGUAAAUUGUAAGAAAAGGGUGUAUGCUAAAAACCAAACCUCAGUGGGAACACAAAAGGGCAGUCAAACCUCCAGAAAGUCACCGAGAUCACAGUCUAGGCGCUCUGCACUGGGUAACAAGCAAAGAGUGCUCACAGAUUCUUCAUUUACCACAAGCAAACGGGGAAGCAGAAUCUGGCAGCACCCAGCAGACCAAGUUAAAAGUCAAAGAACCCUUCAUCAGGGGCCACUUAAUUGUAUGGAUGCCAACUCUGCAGCAUUGAUUCCUUUCAAUGAACUGAGAAACAGUAAAAAACAACAAACUAUCAUUGAAAUGUUCCAGAAAAAUGGUACUAACUAACAAACUUGUGCCAAAACUCAGCCACUGUUCCGAUUGCCAGUAAUUUUAUUCAUUUGUUGAAUGUGGCUUUCACACUUCUGUCAAGUUUAGAUUCCCUCACUGACUUCAAUUCUAUGCCAAACUUUUUGUUUGCAUUAAUGCAGUUAUCCAACAUUCUGAAGCUUCUCUGUAGACUGUCUAGAGCUUCAAAUCCCCAUUAAAUUCAUUGGAACAGUGCUUUUUGUUAAGAACGUUGCAAGUUGUGAAAUUGAGAUUGUGAUACUUGAAAGCUAGUGUAAUUGUAAUUUUUCUCCAUAAACAUCAGAAAUGUAUAAGGCUUUAGGAUUCCAAAUUCCUUUUAAACAAAGUAGUGCAUCUUCAGGGCACUGCAAUAGGAAGAGGAGAACUUGCUGCAUUAGUGCAAUGGUUUACCUAUGCCUGGCUUCAUUGCGGUUUAACACAUUUGUGAUUUGUUUCAUGAAGUAAAUUUGAUUAUUCUAAAAGUUGGGAGUCCAAUCUUCCAUUUCAUCACUAAACAUACAUCCCAUUGUUCAGUAUUCUGUUGUUCAAUACUUCAUAUUUGUAUUAUACUUCAUUGUUUAAAACAAGCUGACAUUUAUAUUGUGUCUCCACCUGUACCACUCUGCAUGGGCUUGAUGCUAUGUAAAUAUUUGUUUUUGGAAUGGUUUAAAAUAGUUUGAAUAAUAAAAGAGAGAAAAAUUGUG